CUCAACCCUCCACUGCAAAAACUAUAAUGCCAUCCCCAUCUCUUCUCUAAAACCCUAAGUUUUUCUCGUAAAAUGGCUGCAAUUUCCUCACUUUUCUCACAAACCCUCCUCCACCACCCCACUAAAACCCUAACCCUUCACUCAAAACCUUCAAUUCAACCGCUAAAACCAUCCCAUUUCCCCAAUUCAGUCACGUUCAAAGCCAUAAAACCCAAACGACCCAUCGCCGUCUCCGCCGUCACCGCAGAAGCGCCGGUCGCCACAUCAGAUGCUGCCGCGAGGAGACUAUACGUGGGGAACAUUCCCCGGACUGUCGACAGUGCGGAGCUUGCGAGGAUCGUCGAAGAACACGGCGCCGUCGAGAAAGCAGAGGUGAUGUAUGAUAAAUACUCUGGAAGGAGUCGCCGAUUUGCUUUUGUUACAAUGAAGACUGUUGAGGAUGCAAAUGCAGCAAUUGAGAAGCUGAAUGGCACUGAAAUUGGAGGACGGGAGAUCAAAGUAAAUAUAACAGAAAAACCUUUGCUGACUCUGGAUAUGUCACUUCUCCAGGCAGAGGAAUCCCAGUUCAUUGACAGUCCCCACAAAGUUUAUGUGGGUAACCUUGCCAGGACAGUAACCACAGAUACGCUCACCCAAUUUUUCUCCGAGAAGGGAGGAAAGGUGCUUAGCGCAAAGGUUUCUCGGGUUCCAGGAACCUCAAAAUCCAGUGGGUUUGGUUUUGUUUCGUUCUCGUCUGAAGAAGAUGUUGAAGCUGCUAUAUCAUCUUGCAACAAUGCUUUCUUGGAUGGGCAACGAAUUCGUGUAAACAAAGCAUAAGGAUAGAGGGCAGCUGCUUCUGGGCUUGGAGAGUCAUGUACUCUGUAUCGAUUUUAUUGAAGAUUUGUAAGAUAUUUUCCAUGAAGAAUGAAAAGAAAAAUGAAAAUUUUCAGAGCACAGCAACUGAGUAUCCAUUGUGUUGUUUUGAGCUUUUGGGGUUUUAAACUUACCAUGUCGAAUUGGUGCUUUUAGUUCUGAUCAUGUUGUUUCUGUUGGUGAUCUCAUGGACCUUGUUCUACUUCUAUCAUAAGAAUCCAAAAAUAUGGGUUCUGUGAGUAGCAUAGGUUAGCGCCAUCUGAUAAUGAGCCUGAAAUGUUUAGUUCAAGCUUUUCAUGUAUUCAAAUAAAUUAGAAGUCUGUUUUAUUUAAA